CCACUCAUGCAAUUCACAGUCCCGCAUGCAGUGUCAAAGAGAGACACGCUAAGCAUGGGCGAUGGAUGUUUGGUCCGGUAUGCUGAUCGACGUGGGAUGUCCCGAUUGGGAGACUAGGUGGAACAAGCCAGUAGACCGGCCCUGGAGGAGUCGGAAAUUAGGCAAGCAAGGCACUGUCGGAGAAGCUGGAAGGAGCUCGAGCGAUGAUGCAUUCGGGCCGGCAGAGCCAUGUACAAACUCUACAUCGGUUGGCAAAAGAGGUCGGAGGGUCAGGUGAGGUUGAACCAGCACAACAUGGGGAACGGCGUCCGUGGUCCACGCUGGGACAAGUCUGGAGCCCCGCUUCCUUUGACCAUUUUUAGUGCAAUAG